GUGUGUGUAUAAUAAUCAAUCAAUUCCCCAUUGAUACGGGGUCCAUAGUGUGUACAAUGUUGAAGACGCAGUUGUAGGACUUCUGCUUCAGGCACCUGCAGGCCCUGAGUUACUUUGAGAGUGAAAUAUUUUCCCUGGACACAUUUCAAACUUUAGGGGAGGAAGAGAGAAAGUAAGAGAGAGAAAGAGAGGGAGAGAGAGAGGGAGAGGGAGGAAGAGAGAGAGGGGGAGGCAGCAGUAUUACGCCAUUCUUGCCUCUCUUUGGAAAAAGUGGGAUUUAAAGAAGUUUCUUGAAGGGACUGUGAGCAGAAUGGAGCCGUGGAGCCGCUUCUCCUCAUUAACCUCCAGCUCUCUGCUCUGUGCGCCACUGGAACUGAGCAGCAGCGACAGCAGAACUAUGAUUUUCUCAGAUUAUGUAUGGAAGGUUAAACGUGUACACAUUUUGUUUUUUCAGAUUACACAUGUGAGAGGAGCGUCACAUUUCUGCCUUUAUGUCCAUGCUCCAUGAUCCAGACGUGGGCAGAGCGCACACGGGUCUGAGAAGAUGUCAAGAACUUUUAAUCUUCUUCUCAUUUUUCUUCUUCAGCGCACAGCUCUAGAAUUUCUGUGACUUGACUCUUUUACAAUGACGGUUUGGUUAAAGAGUUCAGGGUUUUAGGAUGAAAGUUGUGACGCGUCUCUGCCUCCUGCUGAGCUGUUGGACUCUGCUUUACUUGCAGCCCAUUCUCGGUUCACUUAGCCGGACUAAACCGACUGAUCAGAACCAGAGACACCGGCUUGGAGAGGCAGUGUCAGAGAUCAAGACAGGAACCGCUGGGUCCAUACCAACAGCGAGAAGACAAACGGGAGCCAACGUUGGCACACGGAAACCGUCGCCGGUGACUACUUCGAGAAUCUCGAAUAUCCGUGCAGGGUCUGCGAUUGUCAAGACCGAGAACUCGGUGCCUAAAGGCGCAGGUGCCUCUUUGGCAUCAGCCUCAUCCUCCCCCUCUUCCUCUGCGCUGCUCAGCGGAGUGGUGCCAGUCAAUCAACGCCGGAACGGGACUGCCAGCCUGGCGCGCAAAGAGCCUGUGCGCUCCUGGGAGGCUCGAGCGAAAGCGCAAGCUCCCGUCGCUCUUAACGCGCCCGCCGAUGUGAAAUGGGCCAAAACCACAUCUAAAGGAACUGAAGGCGGCGGAGGAUCAACGGGGAGGCAUUUGGGAAAAGCUAACCCCACUGUAGUGAGACCUGUAGCGGCGACUGCAGCAGCGCGCAACGGACAUCUCCAAAGAGGAAACUUUGCGCAAAAACAGCAACAGCAGAAGCAGCAACAGCAACAAAGACAGCAACUGCAGAAGCAGCAAAAACAGAAGCAACAACAGCUGCAACAACAACAGGAAGAACAGCAGCAGCAGCAGCAGCCACAGCACAUAAACGCAGCUCCGGUGGCGCAGCAGCGGGGACCGAGCUACAAAAGCUCAGAAAUAAAUGACCGAGAGGCGGCCAAUCACAAACAGCCGCUCGUGAUUCCUCAUGACUACAUGCUGUCUCUUUACUGGUCUCUGAGCAGCGGACCGCACAACCGCAGCGCCCUGAGUGAAGCGGGUCUGGCCAACACCAUCACGAGCUUCGUCGAUAAAGGACAAGAUGAGCGCGGGACCCAGCUGAGACGGCAAAGGUAUCACUUCAACAUCAGCUCUCUAGAAAGAGACGGGCUGCUGGGGGCUGAGCUUCACAUCUUAAGGAAGCGCCUGUCGGACCCUCGCAGAACCUCAGUGGGAUCUAUCAUUGGUGAUCGAGGCGUAGGGGGUGGAGAAGGUGGUGGAGGAAGCUCGUCCCCUUGCCUAAAGUUGUACACUUGUGCUUCAGGUAAACAAAAGGCUACUCUUCUUCAGACAAAGCCCACUGAGGAUCUAAUCGGUGGAUUCAACAGCAGAUGGGAAGUGUUUGACAUAUGGAAAGUCUUCAAGGCUUCAAAAAACUACCAGCAGCAGCUGUGCUUUGAACUAGAGGCCCUGGAGCACCGGGGCGGUCGAACCAUAGACCUGCGUACUCUAGGCUUUGCCCGGCUGGGCAGGACCAACAAGGAGAAGGCAUUCUUUGUGGCGUUUGGAAAAAGCAAAAAGCGUGACCUUUUCUACAAUGAGAUCAAAGCAAGGUCGGGCCACGACAACAAAACGGUCUACGAGUACCUGUUCACUCAGAGAAGAAUGCGGAGAGCUCCUGCGAUGAGAGGAGCGAAGAAGCCUCCACAGCAGCAGCAGCAGCAGCAGCAUUCAUCGCCGUCACAGGUUGUGCCCCAGCUCCAGGGGGUGAAGACACGGCCGCGUUGCAAUCGGAAACACCUUCAUGUUAACUUCAAAGAGAUGGGCUGGGAUGACUGGAUCAUUGCACCUCUGGAAUAUGACGCAUAUCACUGCGAUGGUGCCUGUGACUUUCCCAUUCGCUCCCACCUGGAGCCAACCAACCAUGCAAUCAUUCAGACCCUGAUCAACUCCAUGGAUCCUGAGUCGGCGCCGUCCACCUGCUGCGUCCCCACACGACUCACACCAAUCAGCAUCCUCUACAUUGACUCGUCCAAUAACGUUGUCUACAAGCAGUAUGAAGACAUGGUGGUGGAGGCGUGCGGCUGUAGGUAGCGAAGGAACACAACAUAUUGAGUCUCAGUUCACAUGGUGGGUGGCCUUUCAGGUGUCACUCUGUCUGCUAAUGGAGGACUUCCCUGUAGGAACAUCCUUGUAGCAUAUUUUAUGAACAUGUGUACUGUUUGUGGUGAAGCUAAGCUAAUAUAUUUGAAAGCAUUUCUGCUGUUAGUUUCCAACAUUAACAACUGUCUUGAGCACACACAAAAAUGGACACAAUCAUCUAUUACCAGGUAAAUAUCUGAAAUCAAUAGUCCACAGACGUCCUCUGAAAACAGGUUUAUGUCAGAUACAAAACCUAAAAACUGGCAAUUGAGAAUAUAACCAUCAAAUCCAUUGGAGCCCCCCUCCUGCAAUGGCACUGCACCCCCUCCAGGGGGCAUGCCCCCCACUUUGGGAACCUCUGAGAUAAGGUUGGAUGAUUAUGUGGUGGAAACUGUACCAUCUGCUUGAGCAUUGACUUUUUUUAUGUAAAUGUUGUGUCAUUUGGAUGUGAUGCAGCGAGAAGAGGAAGUUAUUUUGGCCAUAGAUGAGCUCACUGAGAGCAACAGACGUGACUUCUCAGUGUGAAGGGAGCUUUGAGGCUGCAUACCAAAGACUGUUAAAGACUAAACAGAAGAGAUAAAGUUGUGAUAGUGACACUGCACAACUCCCACUCUCCUAAAGGUGUGUAUUACGUUGUUGUUGUUGGAGCUGAUGACCACGAAAGAUGAAGAUGGGGCCAAAAACCUAGAGAUAUGCUGAGUUACUGAUCUGUUGUAUUUCUUUUUGUCCUCCUUAAACUUGUAUCUGUUGUGAGCCUGCAUACUGACUGGUGUAAAAAGUCUAGAAAUAUGAAUGAGUUUGAGUAAAAUAGAGAGACGAAUCUUCCAUUUCAUACCCAAGACUUUUCUUGUAAAGCAUUUGAAGAAUGUGUGAUGUGUAAAUAAUGUGCUGAAGUGCUGAUCUGACCUCCUCCAAAUGUGGGAAACAUUGCUUUUUCUACUUCCCAAUCAAAGACAAAAAGGUCUGAUUGUCUGGGUUCCAAACUGCUUUCAGUCCCAAAGUUUACUUGGCAGGAUUCACAGUCUCAACUAUUCCAUGGAAAUUAUUCGUUUUUCAGAUGUUUAAUUCAACAAUGACUGUUUGGUCUAAUGUAGUUGUGUAAAUAAAGGGUCUGUGGUUAUUCAAGAAAGAAAACAUGUACUGUGUUUUAUGUUAUGUAUCAAAUUUCACAUCCAAAAAUGACAUACAUUUAUUUAAAUCAUUUAUGCCCUGUGAUGCCAGCACAUAAUUAACUUCAUCUCUUUUCAAUUAGGGCAGAUUAAAUUGAUGAAAUAAUCAUGGACACAAAUAUUAUUUUUGUACAUUUUGCUCAGCAGUUAGCAGUUGGCAAGGUGGAAGUACAUUUCUGUGACUGUCGAGAUAAUCGUCAAAGUUCAUUUUCAAGUUGUGUUGUUAACCUGCUUCUCGUCCCAAAAAUCAAUACAAACAGAAACCAGCAGCACAACUUGGACAGGGUCCCUAACACAUUCACAGAGAAUCAGAGUCUUGUUUCUCCUUUUGUCAUGUCUGUCUGUGUCUCCCCGGGAAAUCAGUUCAUCACACUCACCUGUGUCCUGUUCAUUAGCUCUCAUUCCUCACACCUGGAUAUAAAAUCUAAACAUCUGUCCCUCACUUGUGGUCCUCUGUUCUGUUCACUCUUUGACUUCCUUGUC